UAAAGAUGCAACUCAAAUAGAGGAAAGCGAGACCCGGGGCUCCCCGUAACUUCGGGCAAUUUAUUCAACCCCUCUGGCUCAAGGGCAAGUCCAAGACUUGGGAAUGGGCUUUGGGUUCCUUAAAACUCUAUGAUUUAAAGGUGGGAGUGUUUCCUCCAACUCCCCGCCUGGGAAAGGGAGUUCAAGAUAGGAAAGGUGGAUGCUCGCUCUCCUCCGCCCCACGGCAGAGGGGCAACAAGCCAGCCGCCCCGCCCCGCCCCUCUCCGACUCUCUGAGGAAGGUGGGCGGAGAAGCCGCACCCCCCGGGGCGCCCCUCCCCUCGCCCCCGGGACACCUGCGUGUGCGCGCGCGCGCCCGGGAGAGCGACGGUCCGAAUUGUGCGCCGGUCUCCCCGCCGAGCCAACGGUCCUUACCGGCUCCCACCGCUGCCUCGCCCGCCUGCCUGCCUGCCCGACCAACGGCUGCCGCGCGCGUCCAAUCCCUGCCCGAGGCCGCCGGGAGUCACCCACAUCAACCUCGACUUCCUUCUCCUCCUCCUCCUCCUCCCCAGAUGAGACAACAGGGAAGGGACCUGCACAGAAUCAUAUGUGUCUGAAGCCAGAUUUGAACUCAAGAAAAUGAUUCUUACUGACUCUAAGACUGGCUCUAUCCACUGAGCCACCUGGCUAUGAAUAAUUACUUUUUUAAAAUUUCAAUUUAAUUUUAAUUCAUUUUUAUUUUUAUUCAUUACUUUAAAGUAGUUUUUAAAUUUUGUUUAUUUUCAAAAUUUAAGUCUAGUCUAAUCUUAAACAAAAACUUAACUCUCAUUUUGCUCUCAUUUUUCCAAAGGCAUUGAUUAAAACACUCUUGAUGUCUUAUCAUGACAUAGAAGUGAGUCUGGUUUCUCAGAAACAAUCUCUGUGGAGCCUAAGAUCUGGUACAUUCCAGCCCCCCUGGAAAGAGAUUAAGUACCCAGCUCACAGGAUCAGAGAGCUAGAAGGAAUCAUCAAAAUCUAGUCCAACUCCUUCUUCAGACAGGAAGAGUUUUCUUAAGGUCACUUAACUAAUGAUUAAUAAGCUUAGUACAGGAAUGCAGCAUGGCUAGAUUAUGGGAUAAGGUGGAGGAAAUUGUAAUUCAACCAUGAAGAAUUUAAUGCCAUCAACAUCUUCAGUUCUUAAUGUUAUUUAAAUAUUCAAAUCUUUAUGAUCAAUUAGGUUAAGUUGAAAUUUACAGUGAAAGGGACCUUAGAAACACUAUUAUAGCUAAAAAGGGAAAACACUGUAUAUUAGCAUGUGGCAACUGAGAGGUUAGAGUCCUGGACUUGGAUUCAAAAAGACCUUGAGGUUGAAGCCUGUCUCAGAUACUUAUUAGCCGUGUGACCCUGAGCCAAUUACUGAUCAUCUCCCAGCCUCAGUUUCAUCAACUAUAAGAUAAGGCCAAUGGCUCCUAAAGUUUGGAUUGUUGUAAAAUGUUAAAUGAGAUGAUAUAAAACUCUUUGAAAACCUUAAAAUGCUAUAAAUGCUAGCUAUUAAUAAAUUUGAGGGAGAGUGAAAAAAAAAAGUGUGACAAUGACUGAAGAAAGAUAUACAACAAUACAUGUGUGUAUGUGUGUGUAUCUCCAAUCCUCCACGCCACACUUAACAGAAGAGUGAAGAAAUUGCUUCUGGUCUUCUAAAAGCAACUUGUGAAAACUCAGAUGGGAAGGAGGCUAAGGAAAUGCUAUUAAAACCUAUUAAGAUGGUAAACAGGGAAGAGCUAUAAAAACAAUACAAUACAGAUAAACUGUAGUAGGGAAAAUAAUGAGUCUGAACAUGAGGCCUAUAUUAUCCUUGUUAAUUCAAGGCACAGGAAGCACAAACAGAACCUGGGGCACCCAUCUCACAAACACACACACACACACACAUUCCAGAAAAGUUGUUCCGGAUUCAAUAAGCUUUUAUCAGUACACAAAGUCAUAGUUUGUGACCUUAGGCAAGAAACUUCUCAUGAACUUUUCCCACCUAUAAAAUGAGAACCCAUGUUGUAAUGAGAAAUUAGAGUAGGAUUGU